AAUUUAAUACUGCAAAAACAUAUAAAAUUUUGAACAUAAAUCUGAAGGAAAUUAAUAGAUUAAUUGAAUCAAUCAAAACCAAUGCAAACAAAUCUACGCUAAGUUUAAGCUAAAUGUAUUAUAAAUAGAAGUUGAUUUCUUGAAACAUAAUAUAAGAGUCAUAAGAUUAAAAAAAAAAAAAACUAAGUUUGCUUUUGUAGGAUUCUAAGACGAUCAAAGAUGGCAAAAUGGAGUGCAAUAUUAGUGAUACUGAUGGUGGUGAUUGUUGUGGUGGCAGUAGAAGCAAAAUGGAGUGAAAAAGAUUUUAGUGAUCCUGAAUGUUAUCGCAAGUGUAUAAAGUCUUGUAGGAAACACGACGGUGAUUGCUUUGAAUUUUGCAGGGUGGUAUGCCCAAACCCUCGCCAUAGUUCAUCACGAAGAAUCUCACAUGGGAUGGAAUCAGUGGAAGUUCUCGGAAGGAGAAAAUGAUAGAUAUACAUUUUCGUCAUAGAUUUGUUUAUCAUGUCUACCAUUUUUUAAGUGUUAUGUUUAUGUUAAAAUUCUAAUAAAAGAAUAAUUAAUAAUAAAAUGACAAAAUAGAAAAAUUCUCUAUUUUUACAGGCUGUUUAAGUCCCAAAGAUUAAUCAAAAAAAUCUUGAAAGUUACAUACAAGAAAUAAGAGAUUAAUACAUAAUAUAUACUC